UAAAGGCACGCAUGUCAUCGGACACAGAGCCGCGGUCGGGCGCGAUCACAAAAGCGCCGUGCUAGAGCCGGGGCCGACGCUGGCAUCCAGGCUGCCAUCGCGAUCCACCUCGGCCCCCAUUGAUUCGGAUGCGAUGGGCGACUGGAAGGCGCCCGCAGGAGGACUGGCUGGCUGGCUGCAUUCUCGGCCAGGUCUUUGGGGAAGAAGAGGAAGAGAAGAAUGCGGGGGGAGGGAUGUGGACGGAGACUGGUGCUGCUGGUCCAGCUGUUCGCAAAGGGAAGCGGGAAUAGUUCUCUGCUCCACCGGGGCAUUUUGUGCGCGUUAUUAGGUGGGAUGGAUAAAUAGUUAACGCUCCGAUGGAUGAGCUGUGGUUAGGGUUGCGUGGGGAGCUGGAGUGGCAUAGUCGAGGUGGUUCUAAGCGAGCUUAGCAAUCCCUUUACUUGGCUGUAGCUGGCAGUGUGGCUAGGAUCGUGGAGGUAAAUCCGACCCCGUACGGAUAUGAACCACGGGCAUAUUUCACCUCCAUUCAUUAUAGCUCCUCUGCUCUCGUUAUUCGCCGCCACGUUGGAUCGCCGGGAGAUCGCAUCCCGUCCAGAAAGCUCCCUGCAAGAACUUUCACGUCAGGUUCAAUCCGGAAGGGGAUAGCUAGCGUGCAAGGGGCGAAAUAUCGGCUGCGGGGCCAUUGCGAUGGCUGUGCAUGCAGGCAGCUUUAGGUAGCUUAGCAGCCUGAGCUCCGGAACCUCGCCGCCGCUCCGGGCUCCGCCAGCAACCCGUCCGCUGCUGCAGGACGGAGCUACGACUCGCCUGAUCCUUUUUGAAACUUAACUUUUUUUUUGGAGGUUGGAUCGAAAGUUAUUGUGAGGCGAUAGGCUUAAGUCCCGGAGCCACGUUUCCGGAGAGCAGCGGGAGGGGAGCCGAGGAAUGCGACGUCCGGGAGCAAGGCCACACUGGCCGCGGCGUAGCAAAGCGGCCUCCGCCGGCUCGAUCCGCGCUCCUUCCAGUGCACCGUACAGGUGAAACUGGAGCUGGGUCACCGGGCACAACUCCGCAAGAAGGUGACGACGGAGGGCUUCACCCACGACUGGAUGGUGUUUGUUCGCGGCCCUGAGUCGGGGGACAUUCAGCACUUUGUGGAGAAGGUGGUCUUCCGGCUUCACGAGAGCUUCCCAAAGCCGAAGCGAGUGUGCAAGGAGCCGCCGUACAAAGUGGAGGAAUCUGGCUACGCUGGGUUUCUUAUGCCCAUUGAGGUUUACUUCAAGAACAAGGAAGAGCCGAAGAAGGUGUGCUUCAACUACGACCUGUUUCUGAACCUGGAGGGCAACCCCCCCGUCAACCACCUGCGCUGCGAGAAGCUCACCUUCAACAACCCCACCCGCGAGUUCCGCCACAAGCUGGUCAAGGCCGGCGGUGUUAUCGUGGUGCCGGAGGGGGCGGAGGCUGUAUCCAGGCCCAGCCCCGACUACCCCAUGCUUCCCACUAUCCCGCUCUCUGCCUUUUCGGAUCCCAAGAAGACUAAACCGUCCCAUGGCUCAAAGGAGUCCAGUAAAGAGGCCGGCAGUGCGAGCAACAAGGCUGCCAAGCCUCACAAACCCACGAAGGAGCACCGGGAGCACGCCAGGAAGGAGUCGGAGAGUAAGGGUCUGUCCAAGGCCGAGGGUGACCGCGAUGGAGGCGGAGGCGGCAGCAGCAAAUCCACUCGGGAGUCCUCCUCCUCCUCCUCCUCCUCCAAGAAGCCUGUGGAGAUCAAGGUGAAGGAGGAGACCAAGACACUGCCUAAGGCGGCCUUCAAAGAGCCCAAGCUCACGCUGAAGGAGCCCAAGAUGGAAGGCAUGUCCCCCAAAGGCGGGGGGUCGGGUGGAGGGGGUGGCGGAGGAGGGGGGGGCCUGCCGGAGACCAAGGGGCCCAGCAAGCGCUCCUCCACGGUGGAGUCUCCAAAGCCCAGCGUCAAGAAGCCCAAGAAGGGAGGCUCGGAGGGCCCCAAAGCGGCUCCUGCUGGGGGCUUCACCAGCUCCUCCCCCCGCGUCUCCUCCUCCUCCUCCACGGCGCCUCAUUCCUAUCCGGAGAAGAAACCCCCCAAGGAGAAAGGCCGCUGGGCAAAGGUCAAGGUGGAAGCGCCCGAGGUCAAGGAGUCCAAGAAGCCCCCGGAAUCGGAGGAGUCCAACUCGGAGGACGAGGCCUCCUCCAAGUCCGAGCAGUCGGCACCCUCCAGCCCGUCCAACACCAGUUCCAGUUCGGACUCCAGCUCUGAGUCUGACUUUGAGCCAUCGCAGAAACAAGGCCAAGGGCCCCUGCGCUCCAUGGUGGAGGGCCUGCAGUCGGAGGAGUCCGACGACGACGACAGCAGCUCGGAGGACGGAACUCCCGUCAAGACCAACCCACCCAACCGCGAUUCCCGCCUGAGUCUGGACAGCGAGAGCGACAGCAGCGAUGGCUCACAUCGGCCCAGUCGGGACCCGCCGCCCCCCCUACAGAAGCACGUCUCCUCCAACAAUAAAGCGUCCGAAAGGAAGAGUCCAGAUCCCUGUAGCCGACCCGAGAAGGCGAUGAAGAAGGGGUACAACAAGGUACGAAGGGCCUACACGGAAGAACUGGUGGAUCUUCACCGCCGACUCAUGGCCCUGAGGGAGAGGAAUGUCCUACAACAGAUCGUCAACCUCAUCGAGGAGACUGGCCACUUCAACGUCACCAACACCACCUUCGACUUCGACCUCUUCUCGCUGGAUGAGUCGACGGUCCGUAAGCUACAGAGUUACUUGGAAGCCACCGCCACGUGACAGGAAGUCAGGGACAGUGGGCGGGGCCUUUCUCCUCCUCAGCUGCCCCUCCCUGGAACACUAGGCGGGGCUUGGAGAAGGAGAAACGUGAGAACGGAGUGGACUGUUGGAGGCAAAUGUGGGGGGGGGGGAAACUCCUGCCUGUUGGUAGGUGCAGGAGAAGCGAAUGAGCUGGGAGGGGGAGGGAGACUGGCCAUCGGCAUGAAAACGUGUAGGAGCUGGGGGGUUGGGGAAGAUCGGACUGAGCUGGACUUUGAGCUGGACUAUGGAAAAGGAGCCAGAAAGGAUGGUUCUGAUGGAGUCUGCGUGUUCUACUGCGCAGUGCGACCACUGGGCCAUCCACACGCACAUGGGCGACACUCAUUCUUCAUACUCCGCCCCCCCAUGCACUUAUUUUCUGCUGAAGUUCGCAUGCGUGUAAGGGGAUUCGGCCCCCGUGUGUGUGUGUGUGUGUGUGUGUGUGUGUGUGUGUGAAUGGGAGGGGUCCCAGCCUCUGGAAUGCCUGGCAGAAUUUUGCUUCGACAUUCUUCUGUUGUGGUGGGGGUUCCUUAUUGGGUGAGGCUGGUCACCCAGAUCAGGUUCCACGGUAGUUCUGAGUGACCCCCCCCCCUGUGUGUCCCUGUUGUAGCGCCUCGUGGAGCAGGGGUGCAGCGGAGGAUCUUCUCUAAGGCCGUUUUUAGUGGGGCGGGGGCCCUCGAGCUGAAGACGCCGGCCUGGGUGUGGGAUGGUGUACAUUUUUAUUUUCCUGCUGAUAUUGUAGAAGUUUUUCGAUUUAGCUGAUUUUGACGUUGAUAAUAGUGACUCAGAAGCCCAUUUGCUCUUUGUCUGUGUUGGUUUCACAGGGCUAUGACCGCCACCUCCACUGUCUUCUCAGUGCCUUUACAGAGUCCAUUUCAGAAUGGCUUGGUGGGGGUGGGGGGCUGAACACUAACGGCUAACUAGCAGAAAGCGGCCUAAAAAGCGCUUCGUUAAUGACACCUGUUUAAGCGCUCCUGUGUGCCGUGGGGACGCUGGUGCGACUGGGGUGGAGGAAGAGCUCUGAUAGGCCGGCGGCCCGGGCUGUGACACGUGCCGAAAUGACAGCAUCUUAUCUUUUAAGCGGUGGUGGAGGAUGGGGGGGGGGGGCGGCUGAUAUCGAUCGGCUUGUUUAUAAACCUCUAGGCAUCGAUUGUAGAUGCUGCAUCCUGCCCUUCCUGUCCUGCCACGCCAUCCUGUACACAAAGCCGCGCGCUCGAACCGGCAGCCGCGGUGGAGCCUCACCCUGUGACACUGGCGGCCUGGCGCUGCUGCCGUCUCCGGUUUUCCCAUCUCAGGCUCCCGCUCUGUGGAAGUUCUCACCUCUCAUGGAGACUUGGUGGUUCUAUAGCUGGUUGGGCCUUAAUGACGGUGUCUGCAGCUCCCUCCAUACCCCCCCCCCCCCUCUCCGUGGGGCUGCGGGAUGGCUGUCUGUCGCCACCACUUCCCAAUCCACGCCGGAGAUGAUUCCUGCCCCCCCCCCCCCACGCGCGUCUCCUCCGACUCCUCGCCCCCAGAGACGUGUGUUUUCGCGCGACAGCGUACGGCGUUCAUAGCUUUAUUGGAGUCGUCCUUUCUGCUGCCUGCCUUCGAGAGCGAUUGUCCCUCCCACCGUGCAGCAUGAGUGAGGAGUGAGCGGAGUCCAUCACGAGCCGUUUCUAACGACUAAAGCACAGAGUUUAACGUACCCAGUUAGGAAUUCCUGUAUAUUUAUACACCAUUCAGUCCGGAUUUGGAGCAGUAAUCAUCAAAUUGACGCAAACUUUUUUUUUUUUCCCGCUCUUUCAUUUUUCUUUCCGCUUUUUAUUAAGCCAAAACCUUAAAUCUCCUCCGUGUGAAGAUUUCUGCAUGGUAAUGACUUCUUGUGUUUUUUUUUUUUUUGGUCCCCUCUUGAACUUUUAACCUUUUAACUCCAAGUCUCAGUUCGUGAACUCUGACCUUUUGACUCUGCACUCUGCACGUUCUCUGUGUAGUGAA